AUGGAGCGCUGGUUUUCAGUACCAAAGGAAAAUUUAGGCCCCACAAAAUGAAGUCCAAUUUAAUUUGCUGCGUUUUGUGUUAAAUAUAUUUGGCACAACAAAAAAUAUUUUAUUACAAAUUCGUAAAAUAUUCUCUAAAAUUGCUUAAAAACAUUGAAUUAUUAAAUUAAAAAUACUGCUCUUAAUUUUUAUCUCAAUAAAAACUAAUAAACAUAAAGUGAAAAUCGUAAAUAUAUAUUAAAAACUGACUUAAGAGAAAACUAUAAAGUGAGACUUGUCAAGUGAAAACUUGAAAGUAUAUUGCUUUAUUCUGUAAAUAGUGAAAAAAAUUGUUAGUUUUUAAUAUUUUUCUUACAUAAAAUUAUAUUAAAGUUUUUAAGAUUGUUUUGUAUGCUGAUUUGAAUAGUAAAGCAUAUUAAAUUUGUAUUUAAAAGAACUGCUAUAAACAAAGGCUGGUCUCCGUUUGGAAUGCCAAAUGCGCAAGCAUUUUUUAAAAGUCGUAUGAAUGAAAUUUUUAUAACAGUUAAGAAGAAAAUAUGGCAAAUUUUAAUUUUCAACAACCCCCCAGAAGUAUGGCUAAUGCCACAUUAGCGGGGAGAAAUUCAGGAACGUUUGGAGGAAAUUCAUUGUCAGGGCAUGUAACACCAACCUCGGAUAUGUUUCCAAUUGGUGGUGGGAAUUAUGGACAGCCACAGCCGCCACAAUUAUCUCCUAAUCGAAAUAUGCAACUUUCGGUGAGUGGUGGCGGACCUUCGUUAACGGCGGCGGGUGGAAGAUCAAAUAUAUUUGGCAGCCAAAGACCUUUCAAUCAAAGAACGAUGACAGGAUUAAGUGGUGGUGGUCCUAUGUCUAAUAUGAAUUCAUUUAUGCAAACAUCACGGGGUUAUGGUUCAGGUAGUGGUGGUAACGCUCUCAAUAAUUUUCAUUCUGUAUUUGUUGGUAAUACUGGUGAUAGCUCAACGCCAGCGUUGCUUGAUCUUUCAGAAUUUCCCUCGUUAACAAAUGCUAGAGGUCAAAAUGAUCAAUCACUGCCACAAUCAAAUCCUCUGCAACCUCCCGGUAGUAAGCCAUAUGUGGGGAUGGUUAAACAGCCGACAAUGGAACAUUCUGAGUUUCAAAUGUCAAAUGAAGAUUUCCCUGCGCUACCUGGAACGCAAAUAACUGAUGGUACAAAUAACACUGGAAGUGGAAUAAGCGAUAAUGUAAUGGACAAUGCGGAGAAAAAUCCAUCAUUAGUGGGUGGUGGAAGUGGAGGAAUAGGAGGUACUGGUUUAGGAGGAAGUAUUGAACACCAAAAUGACAUAAGUUCGAGUAGUGAAAAUGCAAUUAAACGGGGCGUGCAAACAUCACCCGAUGGAAAGGUAACAAACAUACCUGCUAGUAUGGUCAAUAAUCAAUAUGGCAUGGUUGGUUUACUGACGUUUAUACGAGCAGCCGAAUCUGAUCCAAAUUUAGUUACAUUAGCUAUGGGACAAGAUUUAACAGGCUUAGGAUUAAAUUUAAAUUCUCAGGAAAAUCUGCAUCCUACAUUUGCUGGACCUUUUGCAGAUCAUCCAUGUCGAGCUCAAGAUAUUGAAUAUAAUGUGCCGCCCGAAUAUUUAAUAAAUGCGUCGAUACGAGAUAAAUUAUCAAGUCUAGCACUGAAAAAGUAUAAAGAUGACCUAUUAUUUUUCUUGUUUUACACAAAUGUUGGUGAUGUUAUGCAAUUAGCAGCAGCAGCUGAAUUAUUUAAUCGAGAUUGGAGGUAUCAUGUUGAGGAAAAAGUUUGGAUAACUAGAAUUCCUGGUAUACCGCAAAUUGACAAGAACGGCACAAAAGAAAAUAAAACGUUUUAUUAUUUUGAUGCCCAAACAUGGAGAAGAGUCGUAAAAGAUUUCCAAGUUGAUGGCGAUAAACUGGAUAAAUGUCCGACUUUAAGUGCAUUGAAUGGACAGUCUGUAUAAAAUAUUAUUAAUGAAUAAAUAUAUUUAACGAUAAAUUUAGAA